AUGGACUGGAACGCGUGCAAUAUUGCGGACCUCGGGUUGGUGCGCUCCAAAGGAGAGGAUCUGCGGAGACCGGCGUCAGCUCUCCUACCCCUGGAAGUGCCGGCACGAUACAAUGGUCGAAAUCCAUUUGGCGCUCAAGGGCACUUGGUACCCUCAAGAUUGGCACUUAGCCUAUGGAAAACAUGUCAGGACAAGCUGUGCUCCUUUCCCCUCUUGGUCAAGGAUGCCGUGAGACUCUUUCAACUACAAUGGAAGAUGGUGCAGAGGUCUCUGGGGGCAAUAGAGCACCGUUGUCAGGUCCUGGGGAGCAAUCGGGCCUGA